CCCCUUCCCCUAAUGACAAAGAAAUAAGUGAAGCGCGUCGUACGUACACACACACUGUGGUGGACGACCGACCCACCAACAAAACACAACCAACGUAUUCAUUCGUAUAUGGAAUCAAACGUUUCACACUGUAACAUUUUCACAAUCCCUUUUCAUCAAACCCCAUCUUCAUUUUUCUAACUGUAACCGUUUUCCACGCCACAGUUUAGGGUUUCUGUUGUGAAUUUUGAUUCACAUGUUCCUCUGUGUUCGACCCUUUUCUCGGUUUGUCUAAGCGGUUCUUCUUUUUGGUCGUUUGGGUGUUCUUUGACAAGGUGUUUGCACUGUUUUGUUGGGUCUGGUGAUUAAUCUAGGUACUCUUGCGGUAGUUGAGUAGACGCGUAAAUUCUGGUGGCCUCUGGUCCUGUUUUGAUUCCAAAUAACAGAAGAGAAUGAGAAAUUCACUGGUAGACUUGAUUAGAUAACUGAAAAGAACUGCUGGAUAAUGGGAGGUUGCUGUUGUUCUGCUAGAAAACCUCACCUGCAUGGAACACCAGUGUACUACUAUUGUCCACCGACUUUAGAAGAGCGUCAGUAUUUGACCUCCAAUGAUGGCGCGGCUGCUGCUGGAUUGCUGGUUAACUUGAACCUGGAAUCAUCCACACCUGAUACUUACCGGGCCCCUCCCGCACCUCUGCCUUAUGAUAUAGUCCUCGGAGGUCCUGCCUCAACAGACUCGGAGUCAGGCAGAGAAACAGUCAGUGCUAGUAGUUUUGAAACUUUGAUUACAUGUGAAGAUCUCGAAGAAUCUGACGGUAAAGCUCAAGUUAAAUUUGCACCUAUAUCUCCAAGGAAUGCAGAACUAUCAAAAUCGAACAAAUCUCAUACGCUAGUGGCAGAAGAAGAGGACGGGUGUCCAAUUUGUCUUGAAGAAUAUGAUGGUGAGAAUCCUAAAAUUCUGACAAAGUGUGAACACCAUUUUCACCUGUCUUGCAUUCUUGAGUGGAUGGAAAGAAGUGACUCGUGUCCUAUAUGUGAUCAGGAGAUGAUGUUUGACCAGACACUGAACUUAGUUUAGUUGUUUUGCAAGAGUGGCAGUGGCUUGCUAAAUGCGUGAAGGAUAGAUGAAACUCGUUGUGUGAAAACUGUUUAGAUGAUCAUAUUCAUACAGAUUCACUUUCAAUUCUGCGAGCAUGUAAAAGAUCGUUGUUUUGGUGGGCCAAUUCAUUGUGUACGAUCUGUUUGAGAAAAAGGAGGUUUUUGACAGAAUGCUACCCCACAUGGCCACAUUGCGUGUCUCAUUGACUGCAACUCUUCAGGUUGGAAUUUACAUAAACAGCAUUUCUCAAGAUGAAGGAAUUCAUGUUCACAGAAUGGCUUUUCUUUUUUUUGUUUUUCUUUACUGCUUUCCAUUUUCUUGUACAAAUCGCUCAUAUUUAUUUGAGGAGUGCUAUCAACGCACUCUUUUAAGCACACUCUUCAAUACACUCCAUGUGAUUGAUUUAUUUUUUAAAAAGUUUACACAUUUCUCUCACUUGUUAAAGAAUUUGUUGACUUUUCAAAAAAAAAAUCAAUCAUAUGAAAUGGGUUGAAGAGAGUGUGUUACUAGCAUUUCUCUUUUUAUUUUGUUUUUCUAUGUUUAUUCUCUGAAAGAAAAAAAGAAAGUUUACUGGUCUUGUAAAUCAUGUCUGCUUUAAGCUUCAUUACAUUUUCAAUGUAUAUAUUCUGGUGGAUGCUGGGGAUUCCUUCUUUUGUUGCAUGUGCAAUGAUCAUUAAACCUUUUCUUUUCUAUGAAA